ACUGCAGGUCACAGCCACCUCAGAUAUUAGAUGUGAUGAAGGGAGAGAUGUCUCUGCUGGUUGAAUAACUCACCAGGACUUAUGAAUGAAAACACAUCACACACAGCGGGGACAGAGAGAGGGAGAGCAUGUUAUUGCUUUUGGAGGAUCCUGUCCUGGUGUAACUGUCAGAGCAUAAUGGUGGCAUUUAAAGGGAUCUGGACCAAGGACUUCUGGAGGGCUGUAUCUGGAGAGUACCUGGCCACUCUCAUCUUUGUCCUUCUCAGUCUGGGCUCCACCAUCAACUGGGCUGCAGGGGAAGAGAAGCCUCCCCCAGCUGACCUAGUCCUUAUCUCGCUGUGCUUCGGCCUCAGCAUCGCCACAAUGGUGCAAUGUUUUGGCCACAUCAGCGGUGGACACAUUAACCCAGCUGUCACCGCGGCUAUGGUUGUGACUAGAAAGCUGAGCCUGGCAAAGGGGUUGUUCUAUGUGGUGGCUCAGUGCCUGGGAGCUAUUACAGGAGCUGGGAUUCUCUACCUAGUAACACCUGCUGCUGUUAGAGGGUCCCUCGGUGUUACCACAGUGAACUCCAACAUCUCAGUCGGACAUGGCCUUCUCGUGGAGCUCCUUAUCACGUUCGAACUGGUCUUCACCGUCUUCGCCACCUGUGAUCCCAAACGUACAGACCUAGGUGGCUCCGCGGGCUUGGCUAUUGGCUUUGCUGUUGCAAUUGGUCACCUAUUUGCGAUUCCUUAUACAGGAGCCAGCAUGAACCCUGCUCGUUCCUUUGGUCCUGCAAUGGUCACACUUAACUUCGAGAACCACUGGGUGUACUGGGUGGGACCCAUCCUGGGGGGCAUAUUGGCUGCUGGCCUGUAUGAGUACCUGUACUGCCCUGACCCUGAGAUGAAGAAGAAACUGAAACUGGUCUUCCAGAAGGACCCAUCGGGGAAAUACAGGGAGGUGGAGUCAGAGGACAUCGGCAUCAAGCCGGGCUCCGUCCACACCAUAGACCUGGAGAAAGCUGAGAAAAAAGAUCCUUUCCAGGACUCGACGGCAGAAGUGUUGUCCUCUGUAUGACUAUCACGUGCACUGGAAAUGGAGACUAAUCUGUAGACCAGAUAGAAAAUCUAACUUUGGAGCAUCUAUCUUGAGCCUAGCCCCACCCACACCUCCAAAGACGUUGUCCUCAUAGCAGAAAAUGAUUUCUGUCCAUGAGACUUUACAGCAGGGCUGAAUCACUCUUAUUGUCAUAAAAGCUAAUAUAGUAUGGUAUUAUGGCUUAAUCCCACAAACACCUACAGCCUGUUCAAUGCUUCUCCCGAGGCCCCUGAGUGUAGCAGUGUUGGCAUGCGGCGCGCACUGGACACUGCAGAAUGACAGCCCGCAAUACAUUGUGUUAAAGAAAAAUGUUUAGGGUCAAACAAUUAGGUUGGGUCAUCAUGCUGAACUGGAGAAGCGAAGAAGAAAGUGCAGCCUUGUUAUUUUUGGAUUAGUGUCACAUUUGGUCCAUGUACUGUAUAUGUAAUAACAGGAGAGAUUUUCCUUGUGAUCAUUAAGCACAUUACAGGUCCCAGGCAACGUACGACAGCUCUGACAAGCAUUAUUAUCGGGGUUAUAAUACGGUGCUCUCUAUUUUCAGUGCAUUUAGUCAGGGAAACAAGCAGUUCAUCUUUAUGGCGACAUCGUUUCUGUGAAGGUUUAUCUCUAAUUUUUCAUGUUCAUCAUUUAUAUUACUAUAUAAUGAUUUCAUUAAUUUUUUUUCUAUUUUCAUAAAAUGGUGAUACUUAGCUCUUUUUAUUUUGUAGAUCUAGUUUUGGUUCUUGUAACACAUUUAUUAUCUCUGUAUGAUUUGCUGUAUUUCAUACUCAAGUAUUUAAUUUAUUGAUAAGAUAUUUAGCUGAUCUGUCUUUGUAAUUUUGUGCUCAAAUAUCUCUCAGUUAUGCUCGCAAAAUGGAAGUUUCAGACUUAUUUAUUUUUUCUUCUAAUUUCUAUGUCAUGAAAGACCUCUCUUUGGCCUAUUAACAGGUUUGAAAAUGUGCAAACAGAAGAGCAGCACAAAUCCACUGCAACUUUCACAUAUUUAUCUAAGAAAUCUAGUGACCAUAGCUACGACGCUUUUCACUUUGAGUCAUUUGUUUCUGGUUCUAGGAGCUGGGAGCAUUGUGGGGGGAGAGAAGGUUCAGAUCAGUGAUGGAUUGACUCAUCUACCUUUAGAUUAUGUCUCCCUAUGGCCAGAUAAAUGCCCAUAAUGUGUGUCCCUUUUGAGUUGAGUCUCCGGUAAUCUCUCUCCAUCAGCAGAGAGCACAGGAAAUGAUACCAUUUCGUGACACGAAAUAGAGGCGAUCUGUAAUGGCCACACUUUAUUUCCUUUGCUAAAGGAACAGGUGCAAUUCAAUGUGGAGGAAAUGAUCGACCCCACUGAUACUGCUGCAUCAACUCAAGUUGCGUGCAAGGUGCAGCCAUAUUGCUUUUGCGAGGUUAGAAUGUCAGUGUAAUUCAGUUACUAAAUGAAAAUUGUUUUCACUGAUACAUAGAAGGACCCCCCACCCAUCUAAACUUCUUCCCAAACACAGUGCACUUUUCUUGUGUUAUAACAGCAUCACCUACUGGCUAGAGUGUGAACUGCAUACUGUGCAAAUAAUGCUCCCAUUUGUAUUUCUCCAGGGGAGGGCAGCCACGAGCCUUGGAUGUGCAGGUUACGCUGCAGACAGAGGCAGACAAGAGUCAGUUUUAUUCAUAAGUCUGAGCCACAUUUCAUUUGAAAUUGGUCCAGGCCAUUAAUUCAGAGCUACACAGGAGGAUUAAGUGUUGCAUAGCUCUGUAACAGGGUCCCAGUACUCAUGUGGGAGCCCAGGAAAGUUAAUACUAAAGUACUUUUUCAUCAACCUUUUGUAUUCUCAGCAAUUUUUAGAAUUUUGUUAGAGUAUCAGAAAUGCUUAUUUUCACUCAGGCUGCCUAAAUGUAAUUGCAUUCCCCAUACUAAACUCCUGAACACUAGUACUGCGAGAUUGUUUUGAUGCUAACAAAUGCUGUUCUUCAAGGCCUACUGGAGUUGAAAAUGGACAGCACUGAUCCUUUACCUGCAGGCAUGCUGCCCUGUGUCCCUUAAGGCUUCAGUGGCUCGAGACCAGCACCCUCUCAGCUCCCCUUAAUCAUCUUUAUAGCCCAAAUAAAUGAGUACAUAAAUUUCAUGCAAUGACUGUUUCCUCUUGGGACAGUGGAUGGGAAAGAGGUCUCUCUCAGAUUUGAUUUACUGGCUCUUGCUCAUCUUCAGAUUAAACAGAGGAAGACAGGUGAGGAUAGCAGUCUCCACUGGAUUGGACAUUUGGCUUUGUCAUGAAUUUCAUAUUGGUGACAGGGGGCCAAAUGUUAAAAAGUAUUUAUUACAUGUGGCUCCUGUGCACUUGUGAUACAUCUUCAAACUACUAUAUGAGCUGACGCUGGCAGGUUUCAAUCCAAUCCUGAGAUUUCAUUCGAAAAAUGGCGUCUCUGUGUGUUGAAAAACUUCCAAAAGAUAGCGGCAGACGCCUCAAUUUGCAAAAAAACAAAUAAAAAGUGACGGACAAUAAUAGACCGACACCUUUUUUCAGCAGCUUGUCUGUUAACGUCUUUGAAAGGCUUAUCAGAAAGAUGUUAGGCAGAAACCUGAUAAUGUUUGGGCAGCCUACACAGUGGCUGUCUCAUCAUAAUUCAAUCAUUUACAUUCAGACACAUUGCA